AUGUUGGAGGCUCCUGUGGCAGAGGCGGAGGGCUUGCGCUUGCACUUGUCCAGCGCCGCCGCCACCGGUUACAAGGGCGUGUGCAAGGACGGCUCGCGCUUCAAGGCGCAGCACAGGGUGGACGGAAGGCACGUCCACCUCGGCUUCUUCGGCACGGCGGUGGAGGCGGCGGUGGCGUACGCGCGGGCGGUCGAAGAGGCGGCGGCGGCGGCGACAGCGGCGGCGGCGGCGACAGCAGGGGCGGUGGCGGCGGGCGCUGAGCCGGCGGGAGCCGAGCCGACGGGAGCUGAGCAGCAAACUCGCUCCUCAAAUCGCAGCGCGCGCCCGGUCGUGCGCUUCGAGGCCGGCCCGGCCAUCUGCGAGUGGGGCAGAUGGUCUUCUGCCGAAGAGUCGUCGCUCAAGGAGCUUGUGAGCGAGCUCGGAGAAAAGUCGUGGGCGACGGUGGCGGAGCGAAUGGGUACCGGGCGGAGCAAGGCGGGCGUGGAGCAGCGUUGGCAGAUCAUGACGGGCAAGAAGCGCGCGCAGGGCCCGCCCUCGAAGGCCGUCGCCGCAAAGUCGGUCGUGCGCUUUGAGGCCGGCCCGGCGCCCGAUCCGUGCGAGCUCGUACAAUGGCGUCGUGAGGCGAGCAGCGGGCCUCCGGCGGCCGAGGGGGAGCGGCUCUUCCCUGCCGGCGCAAAUGCACCCACGACAGCUUCCGAGACGGUGCGGCAUCGCUCAGCCUCCAUCGCUGCCUCGUCGCAUGCGCCGCGGGCGGAGGAGGAGGCUCCGGUGGCAGAGGCGGAGGGCGUGCGCUUGCACUUGUCCAGCGCCGCCGCCACCGGCUACAAGGGCGUGGCCAAGAAUCCCUCUAACCGCUUGCCGUACCAUGCGCGACUGUCGGGCAAACCAAGCCUCGGGAGCUUCGGCACGGCGGUGGAGGCGGCGGUGGCGUACGCGCGGGCGGUCGAAGAGGCGGCGGCGGCGGCGACAGCGGCGGCGGCGGCGACAGCAGGGGCGGUGGCGGCGGGCGCUGAGCCGGCGGGAGCCGAGCCGGCGGGAGCUGAGCAGCAAAGUCGCUCCUCCGACCGCGGCGCGCGCCCGGCCGUGCGCUUUGAGGCCGGCCCGGCGCCCUCGGCAAAGGUUCAAGCAGGGGCGGUGGACCUCCUGCCGCUCAUCCAGCGCACGUCCUCCUCCUCCGCGGGCGUCGGCGGCGGCGCGGCCGCGGCCGCGGGCGGCGCGAGCGGCGGCGCCGGCGCAGCCUCCGUCGCUGCCUCGUCACAUGCGCCGCAGGCGGAGGAGGCUCCGGUGGCAGAGGCGGAGGGCUUGCGCUUGCACUUGUCCAGCGCCGCCGGCACCGGCUACAAGGGCGUGACCAAGCUCCCCUCUGGCCGUUUCCUGGCGCACCGAUCGGUGGGCCGCUGGAGAGAUCGGAAGCCCACCAUCGGCAUCUUCGACACGGCGGUGGAGGCGGCGGUGGCGUAUGCGCGGACGGUCGGCGAGUACCAGCCUCCGGCUCAACCGGCUCAACCUCCCCCGACGGGGGCGCCAGAGGUGGACGGGCUGCGCUUGCAUCUCUCCAGCAUCAGCAGUACCGGCUACUUAGGCGUGCACGAGCACUUUGGCCGCUUCCAGGCGAAGCACAGGGUGGACGAAAGGCAGGUCUACAUCGGCUGCUUCGACACAGCGGUGGAGGCGGCGGUGGCGUACGCGCGGGCGGUCGAAGAGGCGGCGGCGGCGGCUUGCGCCCCCCCCGCUCGCGCAAGCGGCCGCUCGCGCAAGCGGCCGCUCGCGCCCCCCCCGCCGCAGGCAGCCCCGCCGCCGCAGCUAGGCAAGCGGCCGGGCGUUGGAUUGGCGGGCGCACCGGCCGCUGCAGCGGUGAAGAGGCCGCGGCUCUCGGACGGCUUGGCCUGCCGCUCUGUUGGCGGCCUCUCCGAGUAUUUGGUGGUCUCUUGCGGCGGCCGGGAGGGCCUCGUCGACGGCUGGUACACGCGGACAGAGGUGCGACAAGCUACUUCUUCUCGCCGGCGGUCUUGCGACACCUACUUCUUCUCGCCCGCCGGGAAGCGCUUCCGCUCGCGCAUCGAGCCCGGGCCGCUCGCAGGGCUGGGCGGCGACGUGUUUCGAGUCGAGGCGCUGCUCGCGCGGCGGCACGUCGGUGGAGAGGCCCAGUACUUGGUGCGCUGGGAGGACUACCCGCCCGAGCACGACAGCUGGGAGUGCGAGGACAACAUCUUCGACGAGAGCCUGAUCCGCGCCUUCAAUGCCGGCGCCGCGUCCUCGUCCAGCGGCGGCGCCUCCGAGUCGGCAGCAGGCCCUCGCGGCGGCGUUUCUUUUUCUUCCUCCCGGCUGCCGGCCUACCUCUCCGCGCCUUCCCUCGGGCGGCCCCACGCGGCGGCCGGGCGGGCGCCGAGUUUGCAGGGCGCUUUGACCGCGGCGGAGUUGCCGCGGUUUGUGCAGCUUGCCUCGGCGGAGGGGGCGCCGGGCGGCGGUGUGCCACCCCCCACUUGCCUUUGCGGUGCGCUGGCCGUGCUGCGCAAGCGGCGCUGGUGGUGUGCCGACGAGGACGGCGGCUGCAGCUUCGAGCUGUGGGCGUGCGGUCGCACCGACGACGGCACCGCGGGCAUGCAGCCGCUGUGCGAGUGUGGCAGGCCGGCGGUGUGGAUGGGCAGGAGGUGGUGGUGCGCGCGCGCCGAUGGCGGGUGCGACUUCGAAUGGUCUCCUCCGCCGCCCGCGCCUCCAGCGCUGGUGCCGCCCGAGGCGAUCGAACGGCAGAUGGCGCGUGACACCGCGGCGCUGCUCACGGCUGCCGCGCACGGCCCGCUCAACGCGUGGUCCUUCGUCGCACCAAGCGAUUUCGGGCUCGGGCUCUGGGCGCGGGCGCCUCUCCGGCGGGGGCAGGCGCUCGGCUUGUACUCCGGGCCGCGGCUGCCGUGCAGCUUGCAGCGGCGCGGCACGUGCGAGGCUGUGGUUGACGGUUUGGCGCGGCUGCAGAGCGCGGCGCGCGCAUCGCAGGGCGGCGAGGACGUCGAUGCGGCGUCGGCCGUCGUUGCUUGCUCAGUGGCGGACGAGACAGCGGCACCGCUCCCUUGGGGUGGCGAGCGAGGGGGCGACGCGCGCUUGCGGCUGCUGGUGCCGAGUCUAGCAAAGAAGUUGGCCGGGUUGCGAGCGCGCGUCGCGUCCUGCCAAUGGGGCAUCGUGGCGUCGCAUUUGCCUGGACGCACCGGCGCCGAGUGCCGCGAGCGGUGGGCCGAGCUGCAUGCGGAGGCGGAGGCGGAGAUGGACGAGAUGGAGGCGGAGGAGAUGGAGGAGGCGGAGGCGGUCGAGGUGGAGGCGUUCGAGGUGAGUGAUGAGGAGGGGGCGCAGGUGGAGUCGGGAGCGGAGGCGAUGGAGGUGGAUGCUGAGGUGGUGGUGGUCGCUGAGGGCGAGGAGGAGCAGGAGGAAGACGGCGUCGUAGAGGCCGCGGUGGAGGUGGAGGCGAGGUAA